UUGGCUAACAACCCAAACUGGUGUUUUCACAGACUGAGCACAAGCCCGACGAUAACAGAGUCAGGAUGGCAAAGGACUUGGGGGUCUAUUUAUGUGGUUUGCUCUGUGCAAGUGUUUUUAUUGCAGCUUUCCCAGUUGCCCAGAUCACUCUAGGUGCAGUGUACAUGUUUGAGUGUCCAGCAGCACCAGGUAUCCCAGUGUAUGUGAUGGUGUGUGGGAUAUCAGCCCUGCUGGUGAUAGGCCUGUUUGCUUUGCCAAAGCUCCUCUGUCCAGCAGCGCCGCGCAAUACCCUUUGGACUGUGUGCAUCAUCAGCCUGCUCCUCUUUGUCUUCAUCUGGUUCCUCUAUGGGAGUUUCCAGAUUUAUUCAGUGUUUCCACCCAACUAUGAGAAGAACAUCCCCGACCCAAACAGAGUCAACAACAGUGUCUACGCUCCUCCCACACCUGACAACAAGGUCGACCUCCCGCUGGAGAACCAGAGCCUUUCAAACCUGAACCACACCCGGAUCGUCUACAACAACCAGACCGUAAGGAAGCUGAUUCAAACUUUGUUCCUCGACAACAUCAGCAAUAAGACAAACAGACAGCACCUGAACGCCUCACAAGCACAACCUGUCAUGGCUUCAGUGGCCUACUGUGACAAAACUGUGUAUAUGUUUGCUUUCUGGACCACAACACUGGUUUAUGUCCUGGUAGGAAACGCCCUGGUGAUUAGCUUUUGUUUAUGUGGUUUCAUGAAAAUUACAGAUUUACUUUCAAACUAUCUAACUGCCUGAACUGAGCUAGAUAUAAUCCUUUUUCAGAUAUUUUUUACUGUCACGCCAAUUCUAUUUUUUAUUAUUGUAAUGGUUGAUUGUAAUUUCAGAGUUUUGAUUCAUUUAUUUAUUCUGUUAUUGUGAUUAUUUUUUUAUAACUAUUUUUACUUGUAUGUCUUUUAUUUGUGCAGCACUUUUUAACUUUGUUUUGAGAAGUGUUAUAUAAAUGAUUAUUAUUAUUAUUAUUAUUAAUAACUGUAAGGGUUACAUAGCAAAGGUAAACAGAAAAUCAGAGCCUUUCAAAGUCAAUGCUGGCUUUUUUCUGUCAGAGUAAAGCUGAAUAAAUAAUAACAACUUUCAAUAAAAUGUCAUGACUUGAAAGUUCCAUUUGGUCACACCUCAGCAUGUUUCACACAUCUUGAGAAAUAAAGGGAUGUAUACUUC